AUGAACCACCUUAUUUCCGAGGUUGGCGCUGUGCAGCAAUCACAAUGUCCGGUCCAUAUUUCCAAGCGACGCAAAAGGCGGCAUGUUGACCCCGAGACGCGCCACACAUCUCCGUCCUAUUCGGCUCCAUCGAAUUUAUCAAACCCAACGUCACAAUUGUCGGUCGCGCCCACACGGUUAUCAAAACACGUUACGGAAGCGCUUAACAAUACAAAUCAGUUCGUGUCAGACGAGCGCGCAUUGUUAAUACAGCAUUGGCUUAAGACGUGCCGAGUUGAUCUGAUGGCACCACCAACACCACGAAGCGCAUCUGUGUCAUCCAGUCGUGGAAGACGCUCCUCUAAGCAUUCUACACGUGCAUCCCGGACGCCCAGUCCUAGCAAGCGAAUAUCGCCGCAAACGUACCGUACACAGAACAUGUCUUACGCUGGAGUCCUGAUCGACGACCUGGAUCAACUUCCUCAGGAGAUCGAACGCAGAAUGCAGCAUAUACUGGAAGCUGAAUCCUUAGAGGACGUGAUCGGUAUAACAGAUCACGAGUCGCAGCAUGCGACCCAUGUGAGAAGGUUUCUGGAUCAGUCGCGUUAUAACGCAAGAAGUUGUUCGCUCGAGGGGGACUGGAAAGCUAGUUUGUUCAGUCUUCUGGGAGAUUUAGCGCAAGGAAACUUCCAAUGCCAUACAUCAGAGAAGCUCUGGAACACCGACCUCAAGCCCUCGCCGCCUGGCUUGGCCCAGCUCGACGAUGAAAGUGGCGCGUCAACACCGCGCUUUCCACAGCCGCAAUCCAUGCUCCCCGACUUCGAUUCACAAUCAGGUUCUGGUUUCCCAGGGCCGGUGCCUUCUCUGCGACCAUACACACCUUCUAUCACUUAUACUACCAACAGCGAAGCAGCCGACCCAUUCUACAUAUCGACACCAAAGCCAGACAUUGUGAUAGGACUUGAAGACAGGGCUUUUGCGCGAACGCAUCGAGUUCGGCUAGCCAAACACCAAAGCUCUGGAUCGAUUCUGAGCGACCCACAUACGGCUGCCAUGGGCUUGCGUUUUCCCUUUCUAAUUGUAGAGACGAAGGGCCUGAGCCUAAAUGGGGGUCUAGUGGCUGCGCAGAAUCAAGCUGCUAUUGGUGCGGCUUGUAUGCUAAAGAUACUGGAAGAUCUUGAGAAUCAGGCUGUAUUGCCUACGGCACCCGCAUCUCUAGCAGAAGCCCCACUCUGUUUCUCCAUUACGACCGAAGGUCCAGUGCAUGAGUUGUGGGUGCAUUUUAAGCUUGGGGACGCGACUCAUAUGCACAAUAUCAGGACGUGGCGCAUGACACACGAACGUCACGUGCGGGAGCUAGUGUGUUGCCUCGCUCGAAUCUUGAAGUGGGCGAAAGACGACUUCAUGGAGAAGAUACGGGAGAAGCUAGAUGCGCUACCGGGAUAA